AUGCGCACCGUGCGCUGUCAACUUUUUUUACCCCGCACUGACGCUGGAAACCCGCCUCGGACAUACUGCAACACGGAAACCAUCGACCGACGUCUACACUACUCCAACAUCAUUACCACAGCUAUCGUUGAUACGAUUCAUCUCAGAGCCAAUCCAAUCAUGUCAUCAGCUCCGUUCACGAACCCUUUCGACAGCGCCGGCUUCACCUCUUCGCACGUCUCCGUCCCUGCACCCACCAACGAUCCCGACGUCUCGGUAUCGAUCUUCUACCGUCACUUCAAACCAUCACCUUCGUCAUCCACCGCUCGACCACUUCUACUGCUGCAUGGAUAUCCACAGACGCACGUGAUAUGGUCGGACGUAGCACCGCUGCUCGCAGCCACUGGCAAAUGGGAGAUCGUCAUCCCGGACAAUCGUGGAGUCGGUAAAAGCUCUGCGCCGCCACCCAAGAGCGAUGGUGUCAAGUACUCCAGAUACUCCAAACGAGAGAUGGCGAGGGAUAUGAUCGAGCUGAUGCAGAGCUUGGGUCAUGACAAGUUCUGGGUGGUUGCGCACGAUCGUGGUGCGAGGGUGGCUCAUAGGUUGGGAUUGGAUUGGCCGGAAAAGUUGAACAAGCUGAUCAUGUUGGAUAUUGCCCCGACUCUGGACAUGUAUCAAACAACCGACUACCGAUUCGCGACCUACUACUACCACUGGUUCUUCCUCCUCCAACCCACCAUCGCCGAGACGUUCAUCUCCUCUAACCCUUCCGUCUACCUCUCCUCUGGAAUCCGUUACGCCACAUCUCCCCCCUGCUCCACCACCGUGUCCGACUGGAGAACGUCCGAGUACCUCGCGAACCUCUCCCAACCAGCCUCAGUCUUGGCAAUGUGCGAAGACUAUCGUGCCAGCGCACCGCUCAACGCACCGGAUCUGGAGCUGGACCGACAAGAUAGGGAGAGGGGCAGGAAGAUUCGGUGUGAGGUGGCGGUGUUGUGGGGGAAAAAGGGUGUGAUCGAGAUGAUGUACGGUACGAGAAGGCGAUGCGACCGAUCUGGUGCGGAAUGUGCGUCGCCAUGGAUGCUGAAGCUUGGCCUCGACGAGCACGUGCUGAUUGGCUAUCUCACGUGUCACGGCACGAAGCCAAGCCCAUCAUUUGUCGUGCGCCUGUCUGAUUAUGUGGCUGGGCGCGUUUCUGAAAGGACUGAAGGCAGGCAGCAGGCGCUGAUCUAUCGGGAGCUCCGCUGCAGACACCUCUACCGUCGUCGUUGGUAG